GUUUUGUGGUUUCCCCAAUUUCUGUAGUUAACGCUGGUACGAAGUGUUCUGACUGAAACCAUCCUGAUUGGUUUACCCGUAAAUUAAGCCCGCCCCUACGCUGAUAUGAUUGGUCGACAGCAUAUCGCUCUGACGUGUUCUGAACAACAAAUACACGUGUUUAUCAGAGCACAGCAGAGAAAACGGACGUCAAACUAAACGUCUGUACGUCAAACGGUGUUAUUGAUGGCACAAUGAUAGACUCGUCACUUUCUACAAGACUGCAUUAAGAUUUUGGAAGAGUUUGUUCCCGCCUUCAGCACUUUAUAAUAGCGAGACUCUGAUGUAUUGUAAUGUAUAGGACGAUAGAGACAACAGAGGAAGCUGCUUGUUGAAAGAAGUAGCUAUAAAAACGCUUUUUUUCUUUGUUUUUAAAACAGCCGAACGACUACAAUGAAACCUCAGGACAUUAUCAAAGAAAAGAGCAGCCUGUGGAUAUUUGGGUAUGGCUCCUUGGUUUGGAAACCUGAUUUUGUAUACAAGAGAAGCAAAGUUGGCUUCAUUAAAGGAUAUAAAAGGCGCUUCUGGCAUGGAGAUGAUUUUUAUCGAGGGGACAAGGAAAACCCAGGCAGGGUGGCCACACUGGUUGAGGAUCAGGAGGCGUGCACAUGGGGUGUGGCAUACGAGGUGUCUGACACCCAGAUCGAAGAGUCCCUCCAGUACCUGAACAUGAGAGAGGUUGUGCUGGGAGGUUACAUAACGGAGACGGUGGAGUUCAUCCCGAAGGAGAAGGGUCAGGGUGUUCUGCUGGCCCUCGUCUAUAUCGCUACCUCCGACAACCCCAUCUACCAAGGCCCGGCCUCGGACAAGGAGAUCGCCAACCAGAUUGCCAUGUGUAGAGGGAACACGGGCCACAAUACCGAAUACCUGGUGCGCCUGGCAGAGUUCAUGAGGCUGUACUGCCCCGAGGUAGAGGAUGAGCAUCUCUUCUCUAUCGAGGCGGCUCUUCUGAACAUUUUCAGCGAUUGCGGAGGGAUCAAAGCUCCGGACCCAAAGCCCCUUCUGCUGAGAGCUACAUAAUAUAAGUUACUCCACAUCUUAGAAAUGUUUUUAUACUGGGUGAGGGAAAUGAAGUCCAACAACACAUGUUACAGGGUGCUUGAAAGAUGAAUACCUGAUUUGGUUUCAGGAAAUAUAUACAUUUUCUGUUUUAGGUCUUAACAUGACCACACCAGAGUUAUGACCUUUUGACAUGAAAUGGUUAAACAUGCUUUACUACAAACUGAUACAGAAGCAGGUGCUUUUAAAAACAUCUCACUAAGAGAUUACUUUUCUUUUUUUUAAUACAUAAUGUCUUACACCUUUGUUGUAAAAGGCUCUCAGAAGCAA